AAAUGCUCCAAUCAAAUCUUCAAAGGUUAAAAUGCCUCAAGAAGGCUGGCAACAUGACGUACGCUAAAGAUAUGACAAACAACAUUCAACAAAUCAUUAUUCGGAGUCACAAGGCAUGAACCACAGGUGUACCUGUACUAAUAUUCUGCUGAUCUCACGGUGUGUGUCUGGAUUCAUCGUUCUGAGUGUGCUCUGACACACCAACAACUUUUAAAGACGCCGACGGCUCCUCCGACUGAUGAUGGCACAGGACACACCAAACAGACUCGAGUCCCUGACCUUGCCCGAAUGUCCGACAACGUCGGACGGCCGAUAAUCGGCUUGAUGGCCUCAUAACUCAGCCACUAUGCCUUGGCCAAAGAGGUCCCCAGGGACACCGGACCAUCCAGGAGAGGGAGCUUCUCUUUGUCCAAAAUGUCAGACAGGGCAAGCCCUGGGAUAGGGCGGAGCACUUCAUCACAAGUGAAAUCCAGGGCCAUCCUCAACUCGGUGAACUGGACACGCGUCACCGAUGGGUCAUCUGAGAAGCUCCCUGCAGCACACCUGGAGAAGCGCUGCUGUGUUCAUGGCCUGGCAUGACUGUCCCCCGCAGGCGUACGCCUUCUCGGAGAGGGAAGCCGUGACACAGCAGGUCUUGGUGGGCGGAGCAGGCCGGCCACCACUCGAGGGGCACGUGGGGAGAGGUUUUUCACCUAAGUGACUUGUUCACCUCAACAAUGCCUGUCCUCGAGGAAAUAUAUCAAAAUGCUGCAAUCAAAUCUUCAAAGGUUAAAAUCCCUCAAGAACGGUGGCAGUCAGGUCAAUGGGUACCCCAAAGAUACAACAACCAACGUCCAACAAGUCAUUUGGAGCCGCAAGACCACAGGUGUACUCGUACUAACAUGCUGCUGAUGUCAUUGUGUGUCUUGCUGCUGUGUGGGAUCAUAGUCCUGGGUGUUCUCUAUGCCAUCAAGGAGAGGACCCUUCAACAACCAAACAAUACAGGGUCAACAUCAGGCCAGUGCUCUGAUGGCUGGGAGCUCUUUAAUGGCACAUGCUAUUACUUCUCUCAUGAUGCGCUGAACUGGACUGCAAGUAGAGAUGAGUGUGUCACAGCUGGUGGCCAUCUUGUGAUAAUAAACAGCAAAGAAGAACAGAUCUACAUUGCUCAAAAAAUAAUCGAUACAGAUGGCUUCUGGAUCGGUUUGACAGAUUCUGAGAGGGAGGGACAUUGGAAGUGGGUGGACAACAAAAAUGUCAAACUCAAGUUCUGGUACCAAGGCCAACCAAACAACUCUGGUGGAGCUGGCAACAAGCAUAGCACUGGAGAGGACUGCGGCUUAGUGAGAGACGUGUCACAGGAACACAACUGGUAUGAUGAGUAUUGUGGUGCAUCUAACAACAGAAUAUGUGAAGCCCAGUCCAAGUGAAAUGCUACACGGUAGUAAGCAGUGUUGGGUCAGAUUACUUUGAAAUGUAAUCCAUUACUGAGUACAGACUACACACCAAUUUUUGUAAUCAGUAACAUAAUCCAAUGGAUUACAAAAAUAAUUUAACACGGUCUGAAUACUUUUGGAUUACUUUUUAAUUUCUUAAAAAUUAAAUACAUUAGAUAAAAAAAGACACCCAUGACGCAAUCAUGUCAUGAUGUCAUUUUUUUAACCUUAAAAAAAUCAAACAAUCAAACUCAUUUUGAUGCUAUACUGAUAUAAAAUACGGAGAAUAGCAUGUCUGACAUUGGCAGUGCACGCCCCAAAAUACCUUCUAUUGCAUUAUGAAACGUUAUUCUCACGGGUAGGAACAUUUUGUCUGUUUCAGAACAGAAAAGUGUAUAGAAAAGGCCCUUGACUCUGUGUAUGUUUGCGAGUGUGUGUUGAGGGUGCAAGAUGGCCUACUUGACAGGUAAAAUACUGGCAUUGUGUCCUACAGCAUUCCGUGUUCAUUCACUCCAAAUUGGGUCUAUGUUAAUUCUCUGACUAUUAACAACGCUGUAUAUUGAUUGAAUGAUCAUGUAAAACUAUGUUAUGUAUUGAAAGACAUAAUCAAAAUGUAAUGUAAUUUUUGACAAUGUAACUAUAAUCUAAUCACACACUUGUUAAAUGUAAUCUGGUCUGAUUAUAGUUACUUGGUUUUUGUAAUCUGAUUACGUAAUCCAGAUUACUUGUCAUCAGUCACUACCCAACCUGGUAGUAAGGUAGUAAGUAAGUAUGUUCUCAUUCAGACUAAACCUCUGAUUUGCCUAUAAUGCAUAAGCUACAAAGCAGUAUUUAAAAUGACAAGGGACUAAAACAUACUUCAAUUAAUUUUGCAUGUUGAUUUAUUUUAGAGAAUAAAUAAAGAUUGCUCAA